AUGCUGCAGCCAAUUGUUACCGAAAACGCCCUUAUCAAUGGAAGCCGUGUUGCCUACGGUAUCUAUGGCAAGGGCAAACCUGUCGUUCUUCUUCACGGCACUCCAUCCUCAUCCCUCAUCUGGCGCAACAUCGUCCCCAAGCUCGUCGUCGCCGGUUAUAAAGUCCAUCUUUUUGACCUUCUUGGCUUCGGUCUUUCAGAGCGUCCGUGGAACCUAGCCGUCGAUACCUCCAUGACAGGCCAGGUUUCUGUUCUUGGGGGACUUUUGGAACUUUGGGGUUUGCAGAAGACGCAUAUUGUUGCCCAUGACAUUGGAGGCGGCAUUGCGCAGCGCUUCUCUAUAUUUUCGCCUGAAAGGGUCCUGUCUCUCACGCUCAUCGAUGUCGUGAGCUUCGAUAGCUAUCCAUCAAAGCAGACCAAGAAGCAGAUGCAAAACGGCCUUGAAACUCUUAUCAAGACGGACGAUAAUGAGCACCGAGCCCAUUUCAGGGAGUGGUUACUGUCCGCAGUCGAAAACCGGAAGCAGUUCGAGGAGUCGAGCCUCGACACCUACCUCGACUACAUCUCUGGUCCAAUCGGACAACCUAGUCUAUUCGAGCAUCAGGUUCGGCACUAUGAUCCGAAGCAUACAAUGGAGAUAGCACCGCGUCUCGGAGAGCUGAGCAAGCUACCGGUACAAUUGAUAUGGGGUGCGGAUGAUGCAUGGCAGGUUGUUGGUUGGGCUCAUAAACUCCAUGGUGCAAUUCCUGGAUCGGAGCUUACUAUUUUGGAUGACGCUGGACAUUUUUCACCUGAGGAUCAGCCUGAGAAAAUUUCUGAGCUGCUUGUUAGCUUUCUAGGAAAGCAUUUAUCUCAAUAG